UGAGUAGAACAGCUCGUGCUUCAGUAGUUUGAAUGAAUGAAGCACUGUAUGUGUUUCCUGGGCAACGAGGGCGCCCGCCAGUCCUUUACCAGUCUCGCGGCGGUUUAGUUCCCUGCAGGUCUCGUGAGCCGGGCUUGCAGUUAACGGUGAAAUCCAUAAGUGGCUGCAAAUGUAAUGCAAUAUCUUCUAAAAAUGGGACGUUAAUGUGGGAACCGGAUGCCUUCCCUUUCGUGAAAGCUUAAACUUGCACGGAUAUGUCGUGGAUAAAAGAAGGCGAGUUGUCCCUGCUUGAAAAGAUUUCUGCCAAUAUCCUAAAGGCAGGACCCAUGCCUAAACAUGUGGCCUUCAUCAUGGAUGGUAAUCGACGUUUUGCACGUAAGAAAAACAUGGAACGGCAGGAAGGACACAUGCAAGGCUUCAACAAGCUGGCAGAGACACUACGUUGGUGCAAGCAUCUGAACAUCCCAGAGGUGACGGUAUAUGCCUUCAGCAUUGAGAACUUCAAGCGCACCGAAGAUGAGGUGGAUGGUUUGAUGGAGCUCGCCAGGCAGAAGUUUGAAAGGCUGCUGGAGGAACAUGAAAAUCUAGAGAAACAUGGCGUUUGUAUCCGAGUGCUGGGCGACUUGAAUAUGCUGCCACUUGACCUUCAACAGCUUAUUGCCAAAGCCGUGUUCACAACCAGGAAUCACAAUAAGUGUUUUGUCAAUGUGUGUUUUGCCUACACAUCAAGAUAUGAAAUCACCAAUGCAGUCAGGGAAAUGGCAUGGGGAGUAGAGCAAGGCCUAAUCAAAGGAAGUGAUGUGUCGGAGGCAUUGCUAAGUGAGUGUCUGUACAGCAAUAACUCGCCAAAUCCUGAUUUGCUCAUCCGCACCUCUGGAGAGGUGCGCCUCAGCGACUUCCUUCUUUGGCAGACCUCUCACUCCUGCCUAGUAUUUCAGUCCGUUCUGUGGCCAGAGUACUCAUUCUGGAACCUGUGUGAAGCCAUUCUGCAGUAUCAAUUAAAUCACAAAUCCAUCCAGAAAGCUAGAGACCUCCAUCGAGAGCAUCAGGCUCUGCAGCAGCUAGAAGCAGAUCGUGCUUGUGUAGCAGAGCUCUUGCAGCAUCACAGCAAUGGAAAGCCCGCCGAUAGCCAGAGAAGACAAGAGGCGCUACUACAUUACACUGCCUGCCGGGAAGAACGAGUUCGAGACUUCCUAGAAGCACUGAAGCACAAAAGAGACUCUUUCUUUUCUGACUUAUGCAGUGAAUCCUUGUUGGCCUAAGGAGACAUAGAAGAACAAAUCCUCUGAAGCGGGGACGAAGCCUCUCCUAUAUCCUCUUCCCAAAAGGGCUUCUGUGGAAAAGGGAAGAGCAAGCAGUAACUGGGAGUGGUUUUAUUUUGUUGCUGAUUCAUAUAAGAGGGCAGUUUUACCCCUAUGGGGCUGUAGAAUAAUCCUGCUAUUUAUGAUUGUAGAUUUAAAAACUCUAAUAGGUGGAAAUGUCUGGUCAAGAUGUAGUUAAAUCAUCGUAUAAACUGUCAGUUAAAUGCAUGCCGUUGAACGGAAGGUCAUUUUAUGUGAGUGAAAGCCACGGAUCCUGUGUUUCGGUUCCAAAACGUUCGUCCACAGAACUUUUAAAUUGGUGUUGAAGCAUAAAGUGUUGUUUGUUGACUGUGAUUUUGAUUACAUAACUAUAUUUUGACCAGCUUUCUGGAACAAAAUAAAAUGAUUAUUGUAUGUCAGAUAUGAUUAAAUGAUGUGAAAUUCU